CUCCUCCUCAUGCGACGGGACGCUCCACGUGGCCUUCCCCACACUCUGACUCUGCACGCUGCAGCUGGGGUCACAGAUGCAGGCGCAGCUGCAACGCACAGCAUGCAGAUCCGGCUGCUUCUCUGAGGUGUGCGCUUGAGCACGCCUGUUGAGCUGCGUCGCUGCUGCAUGGUCCCGCAAAGAUGCGCACCGCCCGCGCGCCUCGAGGCGCGUCAGUUCGGUGCCGUCGUGCUUCGCUCUCGACCACCACAAGCCGCAACAUGCAGUCCUCCUCGUGGUCCGACCACGCGGCCAAGUACGCCAACAACGGCAACGGCCUGACGCUGCCUCUGCUGCUCGCAGCACUGGCACACAUCACGCCUGCGCUGGAUGCUCUCGCAGCACAAAGAGCACCGCAGCCACUGCGCAUCCUCACGACGUGUGGCGGGCCUGGCGUCGAGGCCGUGCUGCUGUGCAAGCACUUUGGAGGCAAGCACGUCAACAUUCUCUCGACGGACAAUGCAGAGGGAAUGGUGCAGCUGGCGCGCGACUCGUUUGAGAAGGAAGGCCUGCAGGACAUCGCCGAGGCUCGCGUGCUCGACGCCAUGAAGCUGGACCUGCCAGACCAGAGCUACGACGCCGUGCUGCAGCUGCUCGGGCCGAUGCUGUUGCCCGAUGCACGAGCCAGCUUCGCCGAGGCCACACGCGUACUGACGCCGGGAGGUGUCUUUUGCGCCCUCACGCCCGGCCGCAUGGUCAUCCACGACGUCAUGACGAGCGCCAAGCGGGGCGUGCUGGAGAAGGCAGGCCGCGGCGAUGAGUUCCAGGACCUCUACUCGCAUCGCAUCAUGAGCGAGUGGGGCACGCCGCCGAAGCUGAAGGAGCAGCUGGAGAAGUGCAGCGCCUUUGCGAAGGUCGAGGCGGCAAAUGCGCCCGCUGAGAUGCCCGUCAGCAGCGAAGCGCACCUCGAUGAGAUCCUGCAGAGCCUGUGGGACAACCCGGGCAUGGCGUUCAUGUACACCUCGAAUCUCUCCGAGGAGCAAGUGGCCGAGUUUCGCGCUGCCGUGCGCAAGGAGAUGCUGAAGCGUCGCGCCGAGUCCGGCAAGGAGACCUGGGGCGCUGAGAUGCUGGGCAACGUCGUGUGCGCCUGGACUGCCGAGAAGUGACGCAAGA